GGAUUAGUGACUCGACGGACAGUGAAAGAAAUGUGGCCCAGGGCACCAUCUACAGGAGCUGCAGGUGAUAAAAGUUCGUGAAGUGAUCCGACAACAAGUGUUGAGCGUGGGAUCAUCAAGCCGUAUGCUCGAGCUCGGGCUUGGUGUAGACGCCUCAUAGUCAACCGGACCACGGUGGACAUCGGAUCGGUUCUUUUUUCCGGUGUUGAGUAAUCGCGGGUCUGAUCAUGGACACUUCUGAGCCCGACAACUCAGCGCUGGGACUCCCGAUCCUGGACAUGGGGACGGAUCCUCUGACCAUCAUUCAGAGACAGCAGCAAACAAUCGCGGAUCUGAAGUUACUUCUGCAGCAGAGCAGCAAAGAAAUCCAGGAGUUGCGUUCGCAACUCGAUAAGUACCAGAGUGUACUGAUACCUUAUUCGAGGCGAUAUUCUCGUCGCCAGCGAAAACGUCAACAAGGCAUCUCGGCCGAGCCCCAGAGCGUAAUAUCUGUUGCGGACAUCAAUGUUACGUUCCAAAAACAUCCGAAGAGCAAGGAAGUCCGCGAUCUAAUUCAGAACGCCAUACUCGAGAACGACUUCAUGAAAAACUUGGACACAGCUCAAAUCGAACAGAUCACCGACUGCAUGUCUCCGUGCCAAUAUCCGAAAGACCAACUCAUCAUCAAGGAAGGUGAUGCUGGAAGCGUUGUUUAUGUCAUCCAAGAGGGACGCCUGGAGGUGACGAAGGAAGGAAGAUUUCUCAGCCACAUGGGAGUCGGAAAGCUUUUCGGGGAGCUCGCGAUUCUCUACAACUGUACGCGGACGGCCACUGUUAAAGCUGUCGAAGACUGCAAAUUGUGGGCCAUAGAGCGACAAUGCUUCCAGACGAUCAUGAUGAGGAGCGGCUUGACUCGUCAAGCAGAAUAUGCCGACUUCUUGAAAAGCGUUCCGGCAUUCGCAAACUUGCCUGAGGAGACUUUGUGGAAGAUUUCCGAUGUUCUCGAGGACGCUAAUUACAACAAGGGCGACUGCAUCAUCCGCCAAGGCGCCAAGGGCGAUACGUUUUUCAUUAUAAGCAGGGGUACCGUUAAAGUGACACGCAAGGAUGACAGCGGUCAAGAGACCUUCAUAAGAACCUUGCAGCGUGGAGAGUUCUUUGGUGAAAAAGCGCUGCAAUCCGAGGAUGUACGCACUGCGAGCAUCACCGCCGAUUCAGACUCCGUGGGAUGCCUUGUUAUCGACCGUGAAUCUUUCAAUCAACUCAUGUCAAAUAUCGAUGCUAUCAAAGCGAACAGUUACCAGGACGAUGUUGACAACAACGGAGUUCGUAAGAAGAUCGACAAUGAAUUCAAAGACUUAGUCUUGAGUGACCUCCGAGUGGUCGCCACCAUCGGCGUCGGAGGUUUCGGCAGGGUUGAACUCGUCCAGCCCGUCAACGAUCCGAGUCGAUCGUUUGCUCUCAAAGUCAUGAAGAAAGCGCAAAUUGUGGAAACUCGACAACAGCAGCACAUCAUGUCCGAAAAGCAGAUCCUGGUCGAGACUAACUGCGAUUUCGUGAUUAAGCUGUACAAGACGUUCAAAGACACAAAGUAUCUCUACAUGCUCCUUGAAGCGUGCCUCGGUGGAGAACUGUGGACGAUCUUGCGGGACCGUGGCAAUUUCGACGACUCCACAACACGCUUCUACACAGCGUGUGUUCUGGAGGCGUUCGACUAUCUUCACUCGCGUAAUAUCAUUUACCGAGACCUGAAGCCCGAGAACAUGCUUCUCGACCAACGAGGCUACAUUAAACUUGUGGAUUUCGGCUUCGCAAAGAAACUGACAUCAGGAAGGAAAACGUGGACCUUCUGCGGCACUCCGGAAUACGUCGCACCAGAAGUCAUCUUGAAUCGUGGUCAUGAUAUUUCAGCCGACUACUGGUCACUGGGCGUUCUCAUGUUCGAGCUGCUCACGGGAGCUCCGCCCUUCACCGACUCAGACUUCAUGAAGACAUACAAUAUCAUCUUGAAAGGCAUCGACGCAAUCGACUUCCCUCGCUGCAUCUCACGCAAUGCGCAGGCUCUCAUCAAGAAACUCUGCCGCGACAACCCGAACGAACGUCUUGGAGCUGGCGGCGGAGGCAUCUCCGACAUCCGGAAGCACAAGUGGUUUGAAGGCUUCAAUUGGGAGGGACUAAAACAACGAACCCUACAGGCUCCUCUCGUGCCACAGAUCCAACACGUCACAGAUACCCGAAACUUCGACCAAUAUCCGCCGGACGCGGAGGGUCCACCGCCCGAUGAUGUGACGGGUUGGGACGCAGAUUUCUGAGGAAUCGUCCCGGAUUCGUUGUCAGCCCAGUUCUGUUGACGCGGCAUUGUUUUGAAAUCGAGCGGCAGUGGAUUGGGGUUUCUGUGUCUCUUCAAGUGCAAACAAUGCUCAUCAUACUCGUCGACGCUUCGAGCAGACAGUUGUUCCACUUGUCUGACGGAAAACAGGCGGGAGACGCAGCCGCUGCGUGCGUGUCCAUGCGCACGGCAUCAGGACAAAGUUGCCAGUCAAGCAUCGACAGGAGAUCAUUCCCCAUAAGCCAGUGCAUAUAGAGCCAAGUUAUACAAGUUAAACCAAAAAUAAUGAUAACGAUGUUUA